GUGGGCCAAAGAAAAAAUACUCGUCGGGUCAGGAAGACCAACAAGUGCUCCAACGGAACUCAUAAGAACAAGUCUUUUGGAUAAAUUUUCAUCAUUAAUUCCCAACAAACGAACACAAAAAUGGUAGACCUUAACGAAGCCAUGUCCUCGCCAUUUAUUCGAGUUAAGCUAAUUGCCGUUGUGCAUUUUGUAUUCCUGUCAAAUGCAAUGCUCGGAUCCUGGGGUCUUGGUGCCUAUGUAUUCUAUAACUUGCUCUUUAUGGCAGCAUUAUUUUGGACUCUGCAUUCGAAAGAAUCCAUAGAAGCCAUCGAAACGGCUCUCGUGAUAGACGCUUGUAGCAUUAUCCUUGAUUUAAUAUGCCUCACAGUUUUUUUCCAUUAUAUGAAUGGUUGGGCAGUUGUAUUCACCAUAAUCAAUAUGAUCCUUCGACCAUUGAGCGUACUUCUUUUGUAUAGAGAAUACACACAUCGCGGUGGUGCUGUCAUCCCAACGGGUUCGGUUUUUCCCACAAGCCAGCAGAGGAGCUACCAAGAUAUUGAUCGGCCACCUCAGCCAGUCCCAUCGAAUAAUACACAACCUGGGCAAAAUGUUGCUGUAAUUUUUUAAGACCAAUUUUUUUAUUUAAUUUUUUUUUUUGUUUUAUAACUAGUCGUUACUUAAAAAAAUCUGUUUUUGUUUCUAUUAACAUUUAUAUAUUAUCAAAUACAAGAAUACAUAUUUAUACAUACACAUACAUUAUAUUAACUUAAACAAAAGAAGGAGAAAAAAACUGUUAUUGUUAACGGGUUGAUUUUUGUAAAUGAAAAACUGUUUAAUAUUUUUUUUUUAUUUUUUAAAUUAAUAUAUAAAAAAAAAAAAAACUGUAGUGGGAUGGGUAGCCAAAUGUUUAAUAAUGUUGGGCCGUUUUGUUAAGAAAUCUCGAAAAUAAAGUCCAAACUAAUCGAACUAAGUAAAUUAAUAAUUUUAAA